CAGGCACAAUGUGAAAGAUAUCCAACUCCCUAGUCCUAAAAUAACCCUCUGCACUGGAAUCCAAAAUACGACCUUUCUUUAAAGCAGACUAUAAACUGACAGUUUGAAUAACUUUAACAGGCGUAACGUUAUACGGACUUCAUAUUAUGUCGUCGUGUAGCCUACUUAGAUCAAGCGGAACAACUUCGUGAGGCCAAUAGCCUACCAAAAGAAGUGGACAUUAAAUGCCUAUUUACAUCUUCAAAUGUCUUUCAGGUCGAAAUAUUCAGAAGAUACCUUAAGUUCAGCUAAAGCGGAGAUUGAUUUCACCUCUCCCGUUUUAGCUUUAAAGCAGAUUGAACGUCUUCUAUCAACAGGAAGAGCCAUAAACAGUAAUGCAGAUGAAGUCUGGCCCAAUCUUUACAUCGGCAACAUAGAUAUAGCUGAGAAUUGUGCAGAGGUGAGAAGGUGUGGCUUCACCCAUGUCCUGAACUGCACCCACAGCUCCAGACAUGGUGGCAAGAUUUAUGAUGGCAAGGGCAUCACAUACAUGGGAAUAGACGCACAAGAUUCACCCACGUAUGACAUGAGUGCCCACUUUAACAAUGGGGCUGAGUUUAUACAUAGAGCACUUAAUGAGGGAGGCAAGAUCCUGGUUCACUGUCACGUUGGAAUAAGUCGAUCAGCAACUAUAGUUUUGGCAUAUCUCAUGCUGAAACAAAACAUGACGCUGGUGGAGGCAAUCAAGAAGGUAAAAGAGGAAAGAGGCAUCUACCCCAACCAAGGCUUCCUCAGGCAACUGAUCAACCUUCACAUUAAAUUAUAUGGCUGUAGAAACUAGAUGCACGAUCACCAUUAGUUAAAAUGAAAAUUGAGGGAAGAGAAUAAAUAUGGAUCAAUGUGCGUUUUAAUAUUUUUAGGGCAGUAACUUUGAGCAGCUUGUUCAUUUGGUCCAUUUCCCUGCUUUGUAUGGGUUUAAAUGAACGUAUUAAAAUACCUGACAACGUAUUAUCUCUCUUGCUUUUUUUUUUUUACUGAAUAAAACAUAUGAACUAUGACAUAUGAAUACUGAACAUAUACUCAAAUGCAAAUAUUGAACAUAAUGCAAAUAUUAAACAUAUGAGCAAUUAUGCAUAUAAAAAUAAAAUAAAAAAGAACAAGAAAAGAAAAAAAUCUACAUAAAUAAACAAAUAAAAGGUUAAAAAUAAAUAAAUAGCCUACAUUGUAGAGCUCACAAAAGUUUUUAUAGUUUUCUUAUUCAAAAAGUCUUUGUUACUGUCUAUGUACAGCCUUUCUUCAGUCAACAAAACCAUAAAGUUGGGUUUUUUAUAAAUAAGAAAUUUGGACAUUAAUAUUAAUUAAAUUAAUUAAAUAAAAGCACUUCUCACCCUCUUUAGAAUAUGCAGUGAAGCCAAAAAGUACACUACCCCAUAAAAGGUCUUAAACACCGAAUAUUUUCAUUGAUA